GCGGCGAUAGGCCCAGUUUUAAGUUUAGCGGCAGCAAAAUUGUGCGUUUGAGCUUCUCAGGAUAAGUCACCAAUGGCAGCUGGGUUAGUUGUAUCCAUAGCCGUAACUCCAAAAUUGAGGCCCUUUUCCUUAAUUUCCCACCAAAAUCAAUCUUCUGCACAAAAGAGACGUUGGCGCAUGAAACAGGGAGGGAAUAUUGAUCCACGUGGUAAUUAUGCAGAUUGUGCUUCACUGAUACAGGGGUUAAGUAGGAAAAAAUUGCCUGUUGCUGCUGAAAGGCUAGUCCUUGAAAUGAAAUCUGAGGGUUUUGUACCUGAUAGCUCUACCUUGUCAGCAUUGAUGCUAUGCUAUGCUAGUAAUGGUUUAUUUUACAAAGCAUUAGCUGCUUGGGAUGAAAUUAUGAACAGUUCAUUUCUGCCGGAUGUUCAUGUAAUUGCAGAACUGAUUGAUAUCUACGUCUGCAAAGGAUAUUUAGAUGUUGCUGUCAGAAUAUUGCAUCAGAUUCAGUUGAAAGAUUCCAACCUGCUUCGUGAUGUUUAUGCUCAGGCUAUCUCUCGUUUUGGAAAGAAAGGGCAGCUUGAAUUGAUGGAAGUUAUGUUGAAAGAGAUGGUUUCCAUGGGGUUCCCUGUUGAUUCUACUACUGGAAAUGCCUAUGUUAUUUACUACAGCAAUUUUGGCAUGCUGAGUGAAAUGGAAGUUGCAUAUGGCCGUCUUAAGAUGUCAAGAAUUCUUAUAGAGGAAGAAGCGAUCAGGUCGAUAUCCUUGGCUUAUCUCAAGAAAGAGAAGUUUUAUAGUUUAGGUCAGUUUGUAAGAGAUGUCGGUCUUUGUAGGAGAAAUGUGGGGAAUCUACUGUGGAACCUGUUACUUCUUUCUUAUGCUGCCAACUUCAAAAUGAAAAGUUUGCAGAGAGAAUUUGUGAGAAUGGUAGAAAGUGGAUUUUUUCCUGAUCUUAAUACUUUCAAUAUUAGAGCUUUGGCAUUUUCAAAGAUGUCUUUAUUUUGGGAUCUGCAUGUAACCCUUGAACAUAUGAAACAUGAGAAGGUAGUUCCUGAUCUUGUGACUUAUGGUUCUGUUGUUGAUGCAUACUUAGAUAGAGGUCUGGGACGAAAUUUGGAUUUUGCUUUACGGAAAUUGAAUAUAAAUGAUUGUGUUAUAGUAGCAACAGAACCUCUCGUAUUUGAGGCCAUAGGGAAAGGGGAUUUCCACUUAAGCUCGGACGCACGUUUAGAGUUCAGUAAGAACAAGAAUUGGACGUAUGAGGAGCUUAUCACCACCUAUCUCAAGAAAUACUUCCGCCGUAAUCAAAUCUUUUGGAACUAUUGAUGAUGAAUAGCUUCUGAGCUGGAAGUUCUGUGCAAUUGCAUUGUGCUCAGUUAUUUGAACAAUUCUUCAGAUACACUGGUUUAAGUGGUUUAUCGGCCCUGACUGCAGCUACCCAUUCACUGAUUUGAUCAGAAAGGAUAUAACUGGAAGCUGCAUUUGUGGGAUAAAUAACAAGUAACUGUAGCUGCAUGAAACCAGCUAUCUUCAGCUACCUAGAAGAUGAACUACAUUAAAGAAGCUGCUUGUGGUA